AUGCUGGAUGAUGACAGUAUCAAUGCCAUUCUCUGCGGCCGCGGCGGCUAUGGAUUGGGAAGGAUUAUUGAUCAGCUUGAUUUUUCGCUCUUCAAAAAAAAGCCCAAAUGGAUCAUCGGCUUCAGCGAUAUUACCGUGCUGCACCAGCAUAUUUACAGCAAUUAUAAAAUUGCUACCCUGCAUGCACCCAUGGCGGCAGCAUUCAAUGAUGGCGGUGCAGAGGGUGAAUUUGUACAGUCGCUGAAAAAUGCACUGGAAGGUAAAAAAGCCCGGUACGAAUGCGCUGUUCAUGAUUUUAACCGCAGGGGCGAAGCAGUGGGGGAACUGGUAGGCGGCAAUCUUACCCUGGUAUCGCACCUGGUAGGUACUUCUUCGGAAAGUAAAACAAAGGGACGUAUUUUAUUCCUGGAAGAUACCGGUGAACUGCUGUAUAAAGUUGACCGCAUGCUCUACCAGCUGAAAAGAAGUGGUAUGCUGGAAAAACUGGCAGGACUUAUCAUAGGCGGUUUUUCAGACAUGUCGGAUACCGAAAGGCCUUUUGGUAAAACCGUGUACGAGAUUGUACAGGACAUUGUAAAAGAGUAUGAUUAUCCUGUUUGCUAUAAUUUCCCAGUCAGCCAUUCCAAAGAAAAUUAUGCAUUGAAAGUGGGGAUGGUGCUGGAGAGACACUGCGGAGAAAGCCGGGUGCUGCCGUUUCCAUUGGCCGCAGCGUCCUCCGCUGCUGCGUUUGUAUUUUUAGAUGGUGCUGGAGAGACACUGCGGAGAAAGCCAGGUGCUGCCGUUUCCAUUGGCCGCAGUGUCCUCCGCGGAUGUGUUUGUGUUUUUAGUGGGUGCUGGAGAGACACUGCGGAGAAAGCCAAAUAUAACCCGCUCCAGGUGUAA